UAAAAGAUUUUGAGGGAUGAUCCUGCUGCUCACCAAGGGGAUCCACGGUGGCUUCUUGACGUCCGCUUUAAGGAAGUCCGAAAGUUAGCCUACUUGCCGAUUGACUUUUUCAUCCAGUAGACUCACUCGUGAUGUCUGAAGGACACAGCGAGGGACAAGAGGCUAUGAACGUAUACUCUGUAACCCUCAGCGGCCCAGCGCCUUGGGGCUUCAGGCUGCAGGGUGGCAAGGACUUCAGCAUGCCCCUCACCGUGUCAAGGCUGACCCCGGCCGGGAAGGCAGCUCAAGCUGGUGUCGGGGUGGGAGACUGGGUGGUGUCCAUCAGUGGUACCAAUGCAGAAGACAUGACCCAUGUGGAGGCACAAAACAAGAUCAGAGCAGCAACAGACUCCCUCACCCUCACUCUCAGCAAAGCUUUCAAAGCAGGUGGAGACCAGAAGGACUUGUUUUCUCCGGCUUCUGUUCAGCCAAAGUACUCCUUUGCCCCCAGCACAACCAUUAACAAGAUGGCGCGGCCAUUUACAGCAGGUGGUAGUGCCAACUCAGGACCUGCUAUUAAACCUGUGGCCUACUCCCCUAAACUUAACACCCAGAGCUCACAGGGCCGUGCCAGUAUGCAGCAGCCACAGAAUGGCCUUGAGCCAACUCCCUCACCUGCCAAGGCCCAGGCAGCAGCUAAACCAGAUGGCUCCAAGACUGCAGUUGCGGCAGCAGGCACUUCAGGCCCUUCCUCUCGACCGCCGUGGGUCACUGACCCUAAUUUCGCCGACCGCUAUCGCCCGGACAAGACCAGCACCGUCGUGACCCAGCACCAGCAGCCGGUCCAGCCGACGCCUAUGCAGAACCGCAGCUCCAUCCUGCAGGCAGCGCAGCAGGCACCGGAAGACGGCGGGAGGACCCCGCUAUGUGGCGCCUGCAACAAAAUCAUAAGGGGUCGGUACCUGGUAGCGCUGGGUCGUUCUUGGCACCCGGAGGAGUUUACGUGUUCACAGUGUAAGGCGGUCCUGGAUGAGGGGGGCUUCUUCGAGGAGAGAGGGUCUGUCUACUGUACCAAGUGCCACGAUAACCGAUACGCUCCUAACUGCGCCAAGUGCAAAAAGAAGAUUACAGGGGAAAUCAUGCAUGCCCUGAAGAUGACCUACCAUGUUCAGUGUUUCAAGUGUGCAGCCUGCAAGACUCCCAUCAGGAACCAAGCCUUCUACAUGGAGGAGGGCGAACCCUACUGUGAGAAAGACUAUGAGAAGAUGUUUGGCACCAAAUGCCAUGGUUGUGACUUCAAGAUUGAUGCCGGCGAUCGGUUUCUGGAGGCCUUGGGCUACAGCUGGCACGAUACGUGCUUCGUCUGUGCUCUCUGCCAAAUCAACCUGGAGGGGAAGACGUUCUACUCGAAGAAGGAUAAGCCCCUGUGCAAAGGCCAUGCCUUUGCUCCAGUGUAAGAGAGUGAGUGAGCUUCAUCUUCAGAGGAAUUAACACUUCUCUCUCUCUCUCUCUCCCUACUCUUUACCACACUCCGCCCUCCGGCACACUCGUACACACUCUACAUCUCUUCUUUGCCAGCCACACACCUAGUUACACUAGUCUUUUUUUCUAUCCUACAGACUUUGUUUCUACAUUUGAGGCUUACUGUACUGCACCACGCGUUACUUCACUGUGCUAAUAGGACCGUUCACACGAUACUGCCUGUAAUACCAAAUGCUGUGUUGUAUAACUGGAAGUAGUCAAGGAAUUGUUUCAUGUCAUCACUAACUUGUCAUGUUCGGAUCAAACAUUAAAAAGUGCAGCUGCAGUUUGUCUAAAUUAAAUUGUAGUAGUUAGUUAGGAACUCUCACGACUCUACUAAUCUCAUCCCUGUUCAGUCCGAAGUAAGAUCAAAUCAGUAUCUUUCAAGUUGGAGGAGUCAUUUAGCCUUUAAUAAUCUCACAAAUUGCAGUAAUGAUCUACCAGUACUCCUGUACUAGCGUGUAGAGAAGUGGUGGCCCCAUUCAGGACCCUGGCACUCUGACUCUUACUGCAGUGGUGCUUAUUGACGUAAUGGGGGUCCAGUCAAGCAGAAAUG